AUGCAUUUUGGAGAGCAUAAUAAGAAUUUUGAAUACUUUAUAAAAGAUUCAAAAUUAGAUUCAACAACUAAUGAAAAAGACAUUGGGUUGUUAAUUUCAAAUACUAUGAAGUGGAAUCAACAUGUAUAUAUGGUUGUAAAUAAAGCAAAUAGUCGAUUAGGUCUACUGAGCAAAUCAUUUACUUACAAAGACAAAAACACAAUGAAGAUUUUGUAUUGCACUUUUGUAAGACCUAUUCUUGAAUAUGCAUCACCAAUAUGGAACCCUUAUAAUACAAAUGACAUACAUAAAUUAGAAAUUGUUCAACAACGAGCAACAAAGUUGAUUCCAGAGUUAAGACACCUACCCUAUGAAGAAAGGUUAAAAAAACUCCAACUGAGUUCUUUAAAAAUCAGGAGAUUAAGAUAUGAUUUAAUUCAAUAUUAUAAAAUGUUUCAUAAUUUGGACAAAGUGUGUUGGUAUCAACAACCAAAAAUAGCAAUUUCAAUUUCAGCAAAUGGCCCAGCUUCAAACAUUAGAGGAGAUAAAGCACGCGUAGAUAUUGAGCUGAUAAAAAGAAACAGACCAAGGGAAAAUUUUUUUACAAAAUAA